CUUUCCAUUUCAGUGUGAACGGAGGGGGCAAAUUCGUAAAACAGAUAAGCGUCGUCUUCGUGUAGGGUUUAGGCGGAAGACAGAGACCCUGUCACCACUCUCAUCUCAUCACACUGACUGACCGUUACACUCCAACAGCUUCUUCAAUUCCCUCAUCCAAUUCAAUGCGAUGUUGAGAAACAAAACUUACCACUAACUUCCUCAACAACCAUUAACAAUGAAGUUCUAUUCCCGCUUCAAACACGUAUCCCAUCUCCUUCAAACCCUAACUCCACAUCAAAACCCUCCCCUCGCUUCCGCGCGGAUCUCGAUCUUACCCAACGCGCAACCCCUACCACGACCUUCCUACGCGCGUGGCUACUGCGUCGCGUCGCAGUCGCACACUUCGGAGAAGGUAUCGGCGAUCGUAGACGAAGUGAUGGGACUGACAUUACUUGAAGUGAUGGACCUGGUGGAGGUGAUGCGCGAAAAGCGCGGUGUCAACGAGCUUCCGAUCAUGAUGCUGAUGAUGCCGGGAAUGGAGGUGCGGGGCUUGCCGAGGGGUGCGUCAAAGAGUGGCGGCGGCGUAGAGGGUGGAGAGGUGAAGGUGGCGGAGAAGACGGCGUUUGAUUUGAAGCUUGAGGGUUUCGAUGCGGCGGGGAAGAUCAAGGUGAUUAAGGAGGUGAGGACCUUCACGAGUUUGGGGUUGAAGGAAGCUAAGGAUUUGGUGGAGAAGGUGCCUGCGGUGUUGAAGACAGGAGUCACGAAAGAAGAGGCUGAGAGUAUCAUUGCCAAGAUGAAGGCGGUUGGCGCAAAGGUUUCCAUGGAAUAAUGAGCACAAUGAGAUACUUUUAUGGAACUCUUCCCAUGCAAAGCACUAUGGAGUUUUGGCCUCAAGCUGGGUCUCGCGUGUCGCUAAUGCAGUUUAAAAUCUUUUUGCCCACCAAUUUGUUAGUUGUUUUUCAUGACAUUUUGUUCUGGGGCUGGUGGGUUGCUAGAAAUUCCAUUAUUUAAUUAAGAAUUAGAAAGUUUUCGGCUUGUAAAAUUAGAGAAGACCAAGUGUAUCUUUGGUUGUGCUUUCCAAGCUGACGACGGGUGUUGAAAAUGAGAAGCUACAGGAAAUAGCUUUUACUUGGGUUUGGGAAUUUGGCGUGAUGACAUUUGAAACUAUCGCUAAACCAAGCAGGAAUAAUACCUGAGGAUGAGGCUUAUCUAGAGAACUUGUUUAUACCAACUGAGUCAUCUGCCUGGCUAUUUGUCAGCCCAAGUGGGAUAUCUACGUUUAAUUGAACAAUUAGAGCAUGAUAACGCACUGCGAGGUGUGAUCGGUCCAUGUUAUGUAACAUUAUUCCUCGAAAUGUGAACUUAGGAAUAUGACAUUCCUGUGUUCUUCAUAAGCUUUAAAGAUAUUUUUUUGGGCUUGUUGAUUCAA